ACAACAACAGCAGCAGGAAACAAAAAUAAUAAAAACACUUUCUAUAUUUCUUCUUACAGCAUCACCACCUUCCUAAAACUCACCGUUUUAGAGGUUUUAUUUAUUUAUUUAUUGUUUAGGGUUUUAUCUUUUGGGGAAUGGCGGAGCCGAAAGACCAGGGGAUCAAGCUCUUUGGGAGGACGAUACCUCUGCCUGAGGUGUCGUCAGCAGCAGCUCCUACUGGGUGGUGUUCUGCUGAUGAGAGUGUUGACCAGGGUCCGGCUUGUUCGGUGAAUUCGUCGCUGGAGGAGGAGAAGAACAGAGAUUGUGCGGAUGGAGAAGAGAUGGAGUGUGAAAAGGAUAUAUCGGGUGAGAAGCCUACUGAGACUAAACAGGAAGAUGGAUCCCCACCAAUGAAUUCUGACGAGUCUUCGAAUCCAGGUGCAACUGCAGAGAUGAGUGAGAACCAUAAAACACCAUCUGAUGAGAAGGAGAACACUACUUCAGAAACUUUGAAGACAGAAGAAGAACAUAGUGAGCCUAGCACUUCACAAGAUAAGACGUUGAAGAAACCUGACAAGAUUCUUCCAUGCCCACGUUGUAAUAGUAUGGACACCAAGUUCUGCUACUACAACAAUUACAAUGUGAACCAGCCACGACACUUCUGCAAGAACUGCCAGAGAUACUGGACAGCUGGUGGGACAAUGAGAAAUGUACCUGUAGGUGCUGGUCGUAGAAAGAACAAGAACUCAGCAACCCACUACCGUCACAUAACUGUGUCCGAAGCGAUGCAAAAUGGUCGAACUGAUGUUCCGAACGGAGUCCACCAUCCUGCAUUGAAAACUAACGGUACUGUACUCACGUUCGGCUCAGACACACCACUUUGUGAAUCAAUGGCUUCUGUUUUAAACAUUGCUGAUAAAACGAUGAGAAAUUGCUCACAAAACGGCUUUCAUAAACCAGAAGAAUUAAGAAUUCAACUUACUUAUAGAGGUGGAGAAAAUGGGGAUACUCAUUCAAAUGGAUCUUCAGUGACAGUUUCAAAUUCAAAAGAUGAGGCAGCCAAAAUUGCGCCACAAGAGGCAGCUAUGCCAAAUGGUGGCUUCCCACCUCAAAUGCCAUGUUAUCCCGGGGCUCCAUGGCCUUACCCAUGGACUUCAGCUCAGUGGACCUCUCCAGUUCCCCCACCUGCGUUCUGUCCUCCAGGCUUUCCCAUGCCAUUCUACCCUGCAGCAGCUUACUGGGGUUGUACAAUGCCUGCCACUUGGAACAUCCCUUGGAUUCCUCAACCAUCUCCUCCAAGAACCCCCGGCUCAGGUCCUAACUCUCCAACUUUAGGAAAGCAUUCAAGGGAUGAGAACAUGGUAAAAUCAAGCAACUCUAGGGAGGAGGAGCCACAAAAAGAAAAUAAUGCUGAGAAAUGCCUUUGGAUUCCAAAAACACUGAGGAUUGAUGAUCCGGGCGAAGCUGCAAAAAGCUCUAUAUGGAGAACGCUGGGGAUUAAGAAUGACAAGACUGAUUCCAUUGGUGGGGGAGGACUCUUUAAGGCAUUCCAACCAAAGGGCGAUGAAAAGAAUCAUGUAGCUGAAACCUCUCCGGUCUUACAAGCCAAUCCAGCUGCAUUAUCUAGGUCACUCAAUUUCCAGGAGAGCUCGUAAUUAGGUAGGUGAUCAACUUGUAAUUGGUUGAAGUGGUGCAAGCAUCUUGGUGGUGUUCGACUUAUACAUACAAAUCCACUCAAAUUUUGCACACAGCUGAAGUCAUAUACAUUCACCAUCCUCUUAUAUGAAAUCAACUGUCCAAGCAGUAAAGCCGAGAGGAACACUGCUUAGUAUUCUCUGAACCUUUCGUAUCUCCGUUAGAAAAGAGAGCUUAGCUGAAGUGGUAACCGAUUUUUUUCUCGUUUCUGUUUGGUGCCAGGACAACCAGGUGCUUUUUGUUUUCCAUUAGAUGGUUUGCGAGUUCAUGUACAUAUUUAUAUAUGAAAUAGUGAGAGCUAGAUCAGCGUGAGCUUGUGUACUAUAAAUCCCAGGUGUACUAAAAUAAAUUUGGGAAUGAAAUUCGACUUCUUAUUGGUA